AGGGCAGCAAAUGCCCAACAUCAGCUCUGUGAGCGAGUUUCUCCUGCUGGCAUUCGCAGACACGCGCGACCUGCAGCUCCUGCACUUCGGGCUCUUCCUGGGCAUCUACCUGGCUGCCCUCCUGGGCAACGGCCUCAUCCUCACCGCCGUAGCCUGCCACCACCGCCUCCACACCCCCAUGUACUUCUUCCUCCUCAACCUCGCCCUCCUUGACCUGGGCUGCAUCUCCACCACUCUCCCCAAAGCCAUGGCCAAUUCCCUGUGGGACACCAGGGCAAUCUCCUAUGAAGGCUGUGCUUCACAGGUCUUCUUUUUUGUUUUCUUGAUUGGAGCGGAGUAUUGUCUUCUCACCGUAAUGGCCUACGACCACUACGUUGCCAUCUGCAAGCCCCUGCACUACGGGAGCCUCCUGGGCAGCAGAGCUUGUGCCAAGAUGGCAGCAGCUGCCUGGGGCAGUGGCUUUCUCUAUGCUGUCCUGCACACAGCCAAUACAUUUUCCCUGCCCCUCUGCCAAGGCAAUGCUGUGGACCAGUUCUUCUGUGAAAUCCCCCAGAUCCUCAAGCUCUCCUGCUCAAAUGCCUACCUCAGGGAAGCUGGGGUUCUUAUAGUUAGUCUCUGUUUAGCAUUUGCAUGUUUUGUUUUCAUUUCAUUUUCUUAUGUGCGGAUCUUCAGGGCAGUGCUGAGGAUGCCAUCUGAGCAGGGCCAGCACAAAGCCUUUUCCACGUGCCUCCCUCACCUGGCCGUGGUCUCUCUGACUCUCAGUACUGCCAUGGUUGCCUACCUGAAGCCCCCCUCCAACUUUUCCUCAUCCUUGGACCUGGUGGUGUCAUUUCUGUACUCGGUGGUGCCUCCAGCAGUGAACCCCCUCAUCUACAGCAUGAGGAACCAGGAGCUCAAGGAUGCCUUGUGGAAACUCUUUGGAUGCAUGCUUCUUCAUACCAUCAUGUUUGCCUACCUGAAGCCCCCCUCCAUCUCCUCCCUACCCCUGAACCUGGUGUCAUUUCUGUACUUGGUGGUGCCUCCAGCAGUGAAUCCCUUCAUCUACAGCAUGACUAAGAAGGAGAUCAAGAAUGCAAUUGAUAGACCCAAGAUGGUGUUUCGGGCCGUGGCAUGGUUUACGGGGUAUGUUUCCAGCCACCCAGUAGUUGCUUCUACCAUAAGAGAUUUUGCCCUCAUGGCUCUCUUGAUUGCAGCAUAUGUUUCACAAUCAUGGGUAACCUAUGUGAUGGCCUCAAUGGCCAGGUCCACCCUUCAAUCAUGA